AUGAAAACUUCGAAGUAUUCGUCUUUAUGGAAAUUAAUUUUGUGUUUUAUUCUUGUAAACAUUGUUUUUCUAAGUAUUUUUCAUUCAAAAAUAUCCUUCUUAACCGACACCUGUGUACAAAGAAAAGAUUCAUUUGAAACCGUCACAAUUUCAACUGGAAAUCACAAUGUUCAACCGUAUAAUAAUUGUCCUUCUUAUAGUCCUCAAAUCACAGUAAAAGACCUUUUUCAAUCUUACUUUCAAUUUUUCAAUAAUUCAACGUGGCUCGCUCAGCCUUCGAUCUAUUCAAUAUCAUUCAAUGAAUUACAUUCAUUGCUCUAUGGUUCUCAAACAAAAAACAUCUAUAAAUCUUGGCCAAAUUAUCAUAAAAAAGAAUUUGAUGGAUCAUAUCCCCAUACAUCAAUGACAACUGAAUUAUUCUUAAUAAUCGCUGCAAAAAUCAAUAUUUCCAUACAUUUAGUUGUUGAAGUUGGGAGUUUUAUUGGCAAAUCAUCAUCGAACAUUGGACGUGCGAUAAAAAUACAUCCUCAAUGGUCGAAACAAGUUGUUUUAUUGUGUAUUGAUACGUGGUUAGGUGGAGUUGAACAUUGGUUACAAUAUCAACAUAUGGUUGCUUUGGAAUAUGGAAGACCAACAAUCUUUGAACAAUUUCUUGCGAAUAUAAUUCACGCAAAUUUAACAAAUAUUGUUCUUCCUUUAUCAACAACUUCGUUAAUUGGAGCGCAGCUUUUAAUUCGACAUAAAUUAUUUCCACAAGUAAUUUAUCUCGACAGUGCACAUUUACAAGGUGAAACUUUAGUUGAAAUUGAGAUGUUUUGGGCUUUAUUACAACCUGGUGGAAUACUCAUUGGUGAUGAUUGGAGAUGGCGAUCUGUUCGUUGUGAUGUUCUCCGAUUCGCUCGGAAUAUCGAUGUUGUACCAACCAUCAUUCGUAAUACAUGGUUCAUCCAAAAACAUUUCAUUGAUCCUAUCCCAAUCUCAACGUACGUAAAUCCAUCGUGCAGUCCUAGUCGCUUUAAAGAUCUCCAAGAAAAAUUGAGAGAAGAACGUGAAAUCAAUUAUAAUAGUUUAUCAUGGACAAAUGAUGUUACCGAAACAAAUCAAACAACUUCAAAGUACGACGAUUUCUCCUUAUGGUUUGUUAAUAAUAGUUUCUUUUCAACAACUUUAAAUCGUAUUAUUGCUUUGUUUCAUCUCGAUGAUCAAUGUCAUCUACAAAUCGAUGGUGAAUUACAAAUGAAGAAAAGAAAGUUUUGUAAAUUGUCAAUGUGGAUUUGA